CCCCACUGUGUGUGACAGGCUGUGACAGCCAGUCCAUGUAAGGAGAGUACACUCACACUGUUACCAUGGGAACAGGUAAACUGUGCACAGAGGAAGAAGAAGAAGAGAAGAAGAAUUGAGUGUACGGACACAAAGGCCAUUGGGAGUUUGCACAUAGACAGAGAGUGUUUAGAAGUUGGAUUUAUUUCCCUCUGCCAGCAGAGAAGGACUGAUGCUGUCACUGAAAGAUGCCACUUGCACCGAGGUCAUCCGUAAGCUGUGCUAAGAUGCAGACCACACUGAGCACCUGGACUCCUCUGAAUCACCCGCCGUCCAACAGCAAGGUGUUUGAAGAGAGGCGAAACCUUCUGGCAAAGUGGUUUGACAGGUGGUCUGACAGCCAGAGGAGGGCGGUGCUGCAGGACUUUGUGCUGAGCUGUUCCUCUGAGCAGCUGAUGUUCUUGAGCCUCAGUGUGAGCGGACGGCUCCCCCUGCAGGCCGCAGACUUUACCUGCCUGCUGCCCAGAGUCCUCUGCCUCUACCUCUUCUCCUUCCUGGACCCACGCAGCCUCUGCCGAUGUGCCCGGGUGAGCUGGCACUGGAGGAGUAUAGUGGAGCUGGAUCAGCUGUGGAUGCCAAAGUGUUUGAGGCUCGGUUGGUGCAUCAACUUCUCCCCUUCACCCUUCGAGCAGGGUGUGUGGAAGAGACACUAUAUCCAGACUGCACAGGAGCUGCGACUCACCUCACUGCAGACCGCCUCAUCCCAGCAGCAGUUUGUGGUUCCACAUGUAUCAGCCAUAAGCAGCAGAUAUGAAGAUCAGUCAGAAGUGGCCCCUUUCAGGCAGGAGCGCCCAGCGUCCAGCACCGUGCCGCUUGGCAGCACCUCCAGGAAGAAGCAACAGAGUGCACCGCCGCCAUGGAGAGGCUCUGACAGAAGUCCUAAAGACACACACCGCUUCAACUACUUGGACAACUUGAACCCCAAUGAACAAGCCCUCAAAGCUCAGAUGAACAUCAGAGCCUCCACCUGCCGCAGUAACACGUGGAAACCAGACGACGGCGGCAAGAAAAUGCUGUCGGAGGCGAAUUACAAACUACGCAAAGCCAAAUCGCUGAUGUUCCUCAGCUCCAACUGCACAGCCCAACAUCCUCCUCCUCCUCCUCCUCAUCAGACCCAUCCCCGACCCUUUUGGGCGGCUCCCACUCAUGACCACUCUGUCACCAAGGAGACCGCCAAGAGCAUGCUGUGCCUGGCACGGUGGAAUGCUGGGAUCCGUCCAGGGCCGGCGAGGUCAGCGGUGCCCCAGAUGAGUGCAGAGGCGCUCAGGGCGUCUCAGCGCUCACACAGGAGCGCUCCCAGUACACCACUGUUUGAGGUUCUACCCUGGACUGUGCCUGCUUCACACACAUGAUAUACAGUGAACUUCAGCACCCACAUCUGGAAGACAUCAGAACAACAACUUCAGGACAAGAUUCAGGGGUUCAGCUCUCUUCAAAGGGUGUAGUUUCAUAUAUUUUGUACAUAAUGCAUUUUAAAACUUCAAUAAAUAUAAUGUAAUGAUUAUGUAAACAUGGCACUGGGUGGAGAUAAGAAAAGACUAAUUGUGAUGAAAAUUUUACAUUUACAUGAAAUUAUUUUGACAUUGUGUGAUAAUCACUGCAGAAAUGACUAAAGGUCCUCAUCUUUUAUAACUUCAAAGAACUUCCCCAGAGCUUUACACUCAUAAUAAGAAACCACCGUAAGAAGGAAUUCACUCACAAACAAGAAUUGUGUUUUGUUUUUAAAAAGGAGACAGUAUUUUGCUUUAAAUAGUUAGUAGCCUUGUAGUUAUAAUAGGAAUAGAUCUUUAAUAUUUUAAAUAUAUAUUACGUUUUGUUCAAUAAUGAUGUCAAACUUUUAGACAUUUAAUAACUGCUUGUUUUUAAUAACUUUUUAACAGAUGGGGUUCCAUGUGGAGUUUUUAAACCACUAGCAAUGUUUGGAUUAGAGGGUCCCCGUUUUGUUUGUAUGUAUUCAAGGUCCCCACAUAGUCCUGCUGACAGGAAAAGCCAGCGACACUCCACAUAAACAAUACAAAACAAUACCUUUAAGUUUUAGAGUAAAUAAAGUAUGAGCGUCAGGUAUAUAGCAAAACAAAACAAUUCUUCUAUUUCAAGCUAGUACAUGCUGCGUAUCACAUAAAUAAGAGAGCCAAAGGAAACAUAGAUCUGUAUAAGAAAUGUACCACCUUUAUUAUCCAUUCCACACAUCCCAUUCAAUAUACAAUACAAAGCCAAAGCAAUUUAUAUAAACAGUGAGUCUGAACUCCAACAAUAUUAAACAAUAACUGUCAGUUUAAGACAAAAGAGAACAAACUGAUUUUGUCUCUGUAUUCAAAACAACAUUUUGGAUUCAACACGCAGUAGCAUAUCUUGGGCAAAGAGGGAAGCUUUGUGUACAUCAAUCAUGACAGAAGAUUUUUUUUUUUUUAAAUGAAAAAAUCCACUUCAGUCAGAUAUAAAAUAUCCGUAUCAUACGUACACCUCGCUCCAAGUCAGUUUUCACUUAUUGCAUAUAAAACAUUGCAUUCAAAGUAUGGCUCACACACACGUAUAUAUUACUAAAUACAAGAGGACCAAAAAUAAACAACAGACCUAAUGACUUGCAGACAUGUUAAUUUAAUGUUAAUGUGCUGAAUGUUAAUGUGUUAAUGUGUAUGAUUCAGUAUAUACAGUAUAUGGCUUAUGGAUGAAAAUAAAAGUAAUUCUGUAAUUGUUUUUUAUGGGUUUCACAGGUUAAGUCUUUAAAGCAAUGUUGUGCUCCAUGAUAAGCCACAGACAUUUCCAUAUUGUGAGAUCAUACGAUGUGAUGAUGGCGUGGUGUAGGCAGGUCAUAGUUAUUAUUGCAAUAUGUUAGAUGGUAAAAUUAGAGAAAUAUGCACCGUUUUUCCCCUGGAAAAGUAGAAGUGAAUGGGUUUGUUCCCGAAUUGAUCCAAAUAUUUUUUAGGUGCUUCCUUUAAAACACUUUUCCGUUGGCAUUCAGAGAUCACACUAAAAAUGCAGUGUACAACAGUUAAGGAUGAUGAGAUUGUCCGACCUCGUGAGCAGGUUAGUUUGAGUUUGUUAGGAGCUGCUGUUGCACACUGAGGAAAUGAACAACAAUCGGGAAUAUCCAUGUUAGUGGAUGGCAUCAGUAAUACAUGAGAGAUUCCCAUAUUGGACACAGAUCAAUGACAAAUAGAGAGGUGAAAAAGAAACCGGCAGAAGUUUGAAAGUCAUUAACUCUACAUCAGCAGUCCAAUUUAAGGCAAAUUUUGAGGUGUACGUUCUUUUAAUUCUAAGGCUACGAAACAAUCCUGGGCGUAGUUUGAUGUACAGAAAGCUCAAUGAACUCAAAUGUAGUUUUAAACAUGUCAAAAAUAUCAAAAUUUAUAUCUAAAAAAAUGAACCUGAACACAUUGGUCUCACCAGUGGAGACAAGGUGAAUAAUUCCUUUGACCCAUCUGGGAAUAGAUCCAGAGGGUUAAAGUGAAUUUAAAGAGAACGCAAACCUUUAAGGAAAAAGAUUAAAAGCUUUCUUUUGUUCAGUUAACAAAUACAUAUCAUUUAUUCAGAAUCAAAGAUUUUUUGGCCUUUCUUUUAGAGAAAUGCAUUUUCUGUUUUAAUACAAAAGCUGCAAAAAAAAAAAAAAA